AUGCUUGAAGACACCAAAGGCAGGGCGGGUGGCGAUCCAAGUCAAUCACUGCGACGGAGCUGGGUGGCCCCGCACUCCGCAGAACCAGGCUGGACUCAAGGCACUGGCUGCCUGGCAACUUUGCGCAGCGCGAUAGCCAGGUACCUGAUCUGGCGAAGCACUUUGCCUCCCACUGCCCGCCUGCCUGUGCUGCUGGCUGCUGGCUGCUGCGUUCCGGCCUCCGUCCCGAGCCCCUUCUCACUUUCCAUCACAUCCCACGCUUUUCGCUCAUCAAACAUCAAAUCCAAACUCCCAACAAACAACAACCACAUCCAUUCGCGGCCACGCUGUCGUCCCUUGUUCAGCUCCCUCCUCCUGAUCCCCCUCCGGAAUACUUUCUCGUCCAACUGCCAACUUUCUACAUUCGCCAAAACCACCAUCAAAAUGGGUCACGAAGAUGCAGUCUACCUGGCCAAGCUCGCCGAGCAGGCUGAGCGAUACGAAGAGAUGGUCGAGAACAUGAAGAUUGUCGCCUCUGAAGACCGCGACCUGACUGUCGAGGAGCGCAACCUUCUGUCCGUCGCCUACAAGAACGUCAUUGGUGCUCGCCGUGCCUCCUGGAGGAUAGUCACUUCUAUUGAGCAGAAGGAAGAGUCUAAGGGCAACUCGUCCCAGGUCACCCUCAUCAAGGAGUACCGACAGAAGAUCGAGGCCGAGCUCGCCAAGAUUUGCGACGAUAUCCUUGAUGUCCUCGACAAGCACCUGAUUCCCUCUGCCAAAUCUGGCGAGUCCAAGGUCUUCUACCACAAAAUGAAGGGUGACUACCACCGUUACCUCGCCGAGUUCGCCAUUGGUGACCGCCGCAAGGACUCUGCCGACAAGUCCCUCGAGGCUUACAAGGCUGCUACUGAGGUUGCUCAGACGGAGCUCCCUCCCACUCACCCGAUCCGCCUGGGUCUUGCCCUCAACUUCUCCGUUUUCUACUACGAGAUCUUGAAUGCCCCCGACCAGGCUUGCCAUCUUGCCAAACAGGCCUUUGAUGAUGCCAUUGCUGAACUUGACACUUUGAGUGAGGAGAGCUACAAGGACUCCACUCUCAUUAUGCAGCUUCUGCGUGACAAUUUGACUUUGUGGACUUCUUCCGAGGCCGAAACCUCCGGCGCCGCUGGCCAGGCCGAUGCUCCUGCCAAGGAGGAGUCUGGUGCUGCUGCUGAGGCCCCUGCCGCCGCCGAGCAGACAAAGGCCACUGAAUAA